CAGCCAGCUGGUACUGUAUUUCUGGGAGAAGACGGUCCUGAAGACCGGUGCUGGGGACGGAGUCGACAUGCCCCAAUCCUGGGAUAAGAAUCAAGCCAGUCACCUGUUAAAGCGCUGGAUAAGCCAUCCAAUCCCUGGAGGGCCAAAGGUCCGGAAACUCCAUGACCACGCGUUCGCACGCUUUAGUCCUCGGCUAAUAAGUGCUGACAAAAUGCACGGUCGUUCAUGACGUGGGUGGCAGACACAUAUCGGACACACAUUCUUUGCCCUGCCAGUGGCUUUUGCAAACUCCACGAUGCGAGCAUCCGCGCUUGGGCGUGUCUCUAGCAUAUUUUCUCGACUGGUGAAGCUUACCACAGCGCAAACCCAGCUAGUAGAUGCAGUGUUGCCGCAUCAGUGAUACCGUUAGUUGCUUCCAGGGUUUCUGCGAGGGCGAGGGCAGGAUUGCAGUACUUUCGAAUCGGGUUGCUUUUGACAGGCCAAGAGGAUCCACUAGCACCAAGCUGACUGGGGCGCCUUUUGGAACUGAGUCUGAUAACCGCCCGAGAUGGUCAUGUCGUGAGUGGAGUCUCAACCACGACUGGGAUGUUGCAUUGUCUGAGUGGCUUCGCGUUCAGGCUGACCAUGAACUAGCCCUCUUCACGCUCGAACCCCAAUGGACACUCCAUCAUCUCGGGCUUCCUUGACAGUUUCGAGCGAGCGGAGAGGUUCGACUGCGUGGUUUCGAUCCAUUCAACUCUUCCCUACUACUACUUGUUGUGGUUCAAGUGCAUCAUAGAUUCCACAAUAACCAUUGAGCUCGAUGGUUGGAGGGUUUUGUGUUAGGUCGAAAUGUUCUCAUCUGGCCAGAAGGCGCCCAAACUAUGUCAUCAACAUUCUGAAAGCGAGUCUCCUUCCAUGCGGCCAGACUCGAGAUGUGUGUGCUUGUGGUUCCUAAUUUCAUGUCAUGGAUUUGGCUUCAUGUGUCUGGUUAAAGUGGUACGGCCAUUCACGGCCUGUGUACGUCAAUGUGCGGAGAAUCGUAAAUGCAGAUCUGUGCUAGACAUGGCCCUCAUUUCAUACCAUCGGGCUCCCAAGCGAAAGGUUUCCGAACCGGGGACGCCUCCUGCCCCGGGCUUGUUGUCAAAGUUGCACCACUACUAUGGCUGGUGAGGCGCGCUGAUCUCGAGACCUAGGUCGCUUGAGUCAGUUCUGGACUUGUCCCAUGGUCACAAUAUAGCGUAGAUAGAGGUGGCUCUUGCUUGGACGCUUGAUCGUACCUGGGUCCAUCCCUUAUGAAGUUACUUGGAAGUGGAAGCCCCAGCAUGGCGUUCGGUGCACACAGCCCGUGCACACAGCCCUCUUGAGGGUCGUCCCUGCAGCUUAGCCCUCGAUCUUCGAGCAGUCUGUUUUCCACCGCCCUAAAGAUGGGCACCAGAGCCAAUGAUGCAAACUGGCUGGACCCUCAUUUCGCAAUUCCAAGGGGAACUAAGUUGGCCCUCACGACAUUUGACUUUCCUGGUCGCUUAGUGGGAAGGACAGGAGUCCACAAGGCGUUGUAUGUAAUGCACAAUCCAUUCAUUCGCUGUGUGCUUUUGUUGCAUAUGGCCUCAUUGCGGUGUCCCAUGCUUUUCCGGCGCAAUGGAGGCGCUUGUUCUCAACGUUGAUUCGCGUUCGAACGAUGCUGUCUGUUCGCUGCCCUGGUCUCUCAUUUUGGUGGACUAUUCGGGAGAACGCGAUUCUCGGCUUUGGCAUCCCUGUUCCCCUAACCAUUUACAUCGGCCACUCCUCUUAAGAUAGUGACGGAAAAGAGUCUUACUUGCAUCUUUCGCAGGCUGUUAUAGUGCCCAAGAUCUGACUGUCCUCGUUAUUGUUCCUUUCUUAUCCAGCAUCGACAUGCGAAAGACUGUGCCUGUAGGAAGGCAUAAUUAUUAAUACCCGCGCGCCGUGGACCACCGUUGCUUGGGGCGUUGGUUCCGCUUGGCCUAGUGCUUCGUCAUUCAAUCGCGCUCCCCGACAUGAUUUCCUGUUCGCUCAGUGCAUAGUCAAAUGUUGAGGCCGAAAGAUUUGGAACGUACACAUCAACCUGGUUCUUUUCAGAGGCGCACAUCAACUCGGGCGGAGGCCGUCCAGUAUCCAGAAGUCGAGACAGUGUCUUGAGAACAAGGUCAUCGGUCUGCCACUGCGCAUACUCAUCACAGCAAGACCAGCGUCACAGCACACACAGCAUUCAUUUCGGGAUCUCGCCCAACCGCUUGCGAUCGACACAUGGAGUUUAUUCCGGCUACAGCACGAGUCUGCGUCUGCUGUUAACUUGGCUUUAACCGCUCAGAUAUCGCUUUAGGUCGUACUUGGUACAGGGAGAACCCAAAGAGGCUUACCCUUUGGGGCUUCCCUGUGGCAGCGUAGGUCGCCUUUUCCAACCCAACAGCGAUGCAAGAGGAAGCAAACAGCUUCAGAAGUUUCACAGAAGGGUUUGGCUCUCCCUCGGACGAGCGUCGCGGGGCGCGAGAUGCUCUGAACAUGCCUGGUGCGAUGGAGAGAGCCGAUUCGUCACCAAACCUUCAAGAUAUGGGAUCUGAAGGACCGCCUUUAUCGCCGGCCGAAAAAAGGAGAAAUAAGUUAGGAUAUCAUCGGACUGCAGUGGCGUGUGGCCAUUGCCGAAGACGCAAAAUUCGUUGCAUGCCCGCCUUCGACGAUCCAGCCGGUAGAUGCCAGAAUUGCAUCCGGCUGAAAAAGGAAUGCCAAUUCUUCCCGGUGGAUCAACAAAACCCAGGACCUGGAAGACGCGUUCGGUCUGCCACCAAGUCGACCGAAGGGGGUCCCAACGAAGCCGACUCUUUUCUACCAGUGUCGUCUCCUGGUAUGAUCUUGCGAACUGGUUCCUUUGAACAUCUCGACCCGAUAGAUAGCCCGAUGAACACUCCCCCGAUGUCCAGGGGAAGUCCUGGAUACUCUGAUUUCCACCCUGGGACUAGAUCCAUGUCUGGAAGUGGAUUCGAUUAUGCCAACCCGUAUGGUUAUCCUCAGCAACCGCAACCGCAACCGCAACAUCAGAUAAUGGACCGCUCUCCCUUCACGACACCUCUAUCUGGAAGUCAUGCGAAUGAUUCCAGUAGCGCACCGUUCUAUCCACAAUACGGACACUCUUUGCAAGGACCAUACCCGAUCGCAUUCACAACGGGGUCUCUUCCGGCGACCACACCGACAAUGUCACGCGACCGGGCUUUUGGCUAUCACACAGCGUCUCCCAACGGCUAUCCUUGGGCUCAGUCACCUGCAAGAUCAGUAUCGAUGGGCGAAACAGAAGACUCACCGCAUAACUUUCCCCCUGCGUACCGGACGCAGACCUAUCCCUCGUUCGAACGAAGAAUUACGGGCGAGAUGCCGCAAUUACCGGCAACCAGUAGCCCUUUCGUGCCGUUGGGAGCAGAAAACCAACCGGGUGGAAUUGUUGAGUUCCCCCAGCCAAUGUCAUAUCAGCCAGUGCCGCCUGAAAUGCAGCCGGAAUGGGCAGCCUCCGAGCAACAAACACAGUUUACGGGCUCUUCUGGCGCUCCAACACCGGCUUGGUAUCCCCAGCAGCCCAGCUCGACGGAUUUGAGCAACAAUGAUCGUCGAUCUCAGAUUUUGCCAUCGCAACAUCUUAGUCCUCAAUAACAAUACGGGACUCGGGAGAGUUGGGAUGAAUUUGAGGUAGUCUUGAACUCAACAACAACCGAGCGAUAAAAUUCACGUCGAUAUUCGAGACAAAGAGGUCUCUGCAUUUCCCUCUUCUCCGUCAUCCUGAGUCGACUUGAUCUCUCCGCUGAUCGGCAGCUGACAAAAUGCGAAAUACAUCAGCAACUCCGGCUGCGACCUUGUCGGGGAACCAUUGUGAGCAGCAGAGUGGUGACACUGCCAUCUCUACCAAUACGAAAGAUCCCGGCACCACCUCCAUCCGCUAUGCACCCCGAAACCAUACCAGAGACCACUUAUCGGUAAACAGGUUCAGCUGGCUUUCCCCGGGCAAUUUCAAACUUCAGGGACCGAACCGGGGAUCGUGGCUUCGACGGCUCAGAUAAUAGGUCUUGAUCAGAUUCAGCAUUGAAUUCUUUAGCUCUCUGGGAGAAGGUUCCUGGCUGGAACAGGAUCUGACACCCGAACCUAGGUGCCAGUGGUCGGUAGGAGGGCUGACCCGCGGACACAAUUGAGAGGGAUCCUACCAAGCAACAGAAAAGAAAAAGUGCUGCCUGCGGGAGUGCUGGCAGAAGCACAAGUACAGCGAUUAACGAAGAGGAUCAUCCGGUUCUCACAUCAAGAAAUCAACAGAACUAUGCUGUAUAUAUGGAGAGAACGGAGGAGGACAAGUUUGCAGCCACUGCAUAAGAGGCAGAGGCAGAUGCAGAGUGAAUGACUCGCGAAGGAUGCUGAUCACGUGCUGACAUGACUCGCACGGCAGCUUUGCCACCACGAUCAUGAUAUGCCUCAGGCUGCUGUGAGUUGUGGCCUGGGAUGCCUUAGGCAUAUCACCUUUGUUUCUGGCUGGAGUCACAGCAACAUAAUUGUAGACUAGAAAGUGGCUCUUAACGAGACACAUUGGGCGCACAGAACAUGGAAUGGACGAUGACCACAUAGAGGUCUCACACAAACAGAUCUCUGGACACUGGCAUCCUAGAAGUUGUUACUCGACUAAGGUUGCGAUCUACCUUACUAUGCGCUUAGUCACAAAACAAGGCUUUAUUCACAUCAAGAGCUUUCCACCAAUACGCAUUAUGGCCUGGUCGCCUUUAAAGCACAUAUGGAGGGCCAAGUCAGGGUCGGCCGGAGUGACGGUUUUCUUUACAUCGCUCCGGCAGGGGUGUACUGUUUGUUUCUUUUCCUCCGUCGGUCUAAUACCAUAGAAUAUGGCACGUGAGCCCUCGUUGCCCGGCAUACCUGGCGGAAAUUGACGAGGUUAUAAUAUUCGAGAUGCAGCACGAUUUGAUGUUGGAGCUCCUGCGGCAGCGUGAGAAGCGCCAUGCUUUCAUUUGAUACAUCGGACUUUUGACCAGCACUAUUUAAAGCACACUGUGCACCUAGGUAGAUCGUUAGUUGAUGCUUGUGUCUAGUGAUGACGGUGGCCUCGCCGAAGUAAUGGUCAGACUUGAAGUA